AUGACAAGCCAAACUGCUUCGUUAGAAUCUCUCAAACUUGAUCCAGCCACAUAUGAUCAUUUAGAAACCAUCCUUACAAAUAAAAAUGGCCAGACACCAUUGCAUAAACGCUUUCGUGCUAUGUUUACGUUAAAAAACCUUGCGGACAAAAAAAGCAUUGAUAUACUCGCGAAAGUCAUCGUUAAGCUUUAUGUCGUUUAUGAUUAUCUUAUUAUAAAGGCUGCUGAAGCUCUUGGAGCAAUCGGAGAUUUGUCCUCAUUAAAUAUUCUUGAAGAAUAUCUAUACGAUGAAAACGUUGUCAGAGAAACUUGUGAGUUAGCUGUCGCUAAAAUAAAAAACGGGAAGGAAAUUUCUAAAAAGUUGUUGAAUCCUGCUCCACCAAACGUGGAAGUUCAAUCAGUAACAAAAUUACGCGAUAUCCUUCUCGAUAAGAAGUUACCUUUAUUCGAACGAUAUCGCGCUAUGUUUGCGUUACGUAAUAUAGGCACCACGGAAGCUGUUUUAGCUCUCGCGCAAGGUCUCGAUGACCCAUCUGAUUUAUUUCGCCAUGAGAUCGCUUAUGUGUUUGGACAAAUUCAAAGUCCUGAUAGCGUACCUGCUUUAAUAAAAACAUUGGAAAAUAUGAAUGAAUUAUAUAUGGUUCGCCAUGAAGCUGCCGAAGCGUUAGGAUCCAUCGCAACCUCAGAUUGUUUACCGGUAUUAAAAAAGUUUAAAGCUGAUCAAGAGAGAGUUGUUAAAGAAAGGGUUAAAGGAACAGUGCGACUUGAUUUAGAGAUGAGAAUUUCGCAAAACUUCUUGGCCGCGUAA